GUUUCAAACGCGAAAAAGCUAGUCGAUCGCGAGACGUAAUUCUGCAAAUAAGAGCACAAUUCGCAGUGAAAAACACUCAAAUCUUUUGUUAAAAUUUCCCCCCUUCGUUGCAGUGACUAAUUUAAGUGCGACUGAAUGAAAAGUUGACAGGAAAUCGCGUAAAAUCGAGUGUCGUUCAUUUACAGAGAGAAAACGACGACGACGAAACCAAACCAGCCAGCCAUUGUUGUGAAAUAGUGUACGAAAAUUUUGUUGUGGAAUAUUUUGGUGUGGAAUUCACAGGGAGUUGCAAGAGGAGAAUUGACGAAAAUUGCGUUAGCUUGUACGAGAGCUGAAAAAGAACGCAAUUCAAUUAUUUUUUGGUUCGUGUUAACGUCUUAUGGAUUCACAUAAAUAUCCACAAUUAAAAGCAGUCACUGGCACAAACACCAGAAUGAAUGACUUUUUAGUUGGUGGCAAAUACCGCAUUAUCCGUAAAAUUGGCAGCGGAAGUUUCGGCGACAUUUAUCUCGGCAUCAACAUUACAAAUGGCGAAGAGGUUGCGCUCAAGCUGGAAAACCAGAGCGCCCGUCAUCCGCAACUGCUCUACGAAUACAAGUUGUACAAAGUGCUAAAUGGUGGUAUUGGCAUACCACACAUCCGGUAUUUCGGUCAGGAACGGAAUUUCAAUGUGCUCGUGAUGGACCUGCUGGGGCCCUCGUUGGAGGACCUCUUCAACUUUUGCGGACGCCAAUUCACGCUGAAGACCGUGCUGAUGCUCGUGGACCAGAUGAUUGGUCGUCUCGAGUUUCUGCACAUGAAAAAUUUCAUUCAUCGCGACAUCAAGCCCGACAACUUCCUCAUGGGCAUCGGACGGCAUUGCAACAAGUUGUUCCUGAUUGACUUUGGGCUGGCGAAAAAGUACCGGGACUUCCGUAAUCGGGCACACAUUUCGUAUCGCGAGGACAAAAAUCUCACAGGUACCGCACGCUAUGCAUCCGUCAAUGCACAUUUAGGUAUUGAGCAGUCGAGACGUGACGACAUGGAGUCUCUCGGCUACGUACUCAUGUAUUUCAAUCGCGGCACGUUGCCGUGGCAGGGCCUCAAGGCGACCAACAAGAAGCAAAAGUACGAGAAAAUUAGUGAAAAGAAAAUGUCCACGCCGAUCGAAAUUCUGUGCAAAGGUUUUCCCGCAGAAUUCGCCAUGUAUCUCAACUAUUGUCGUACUCUGCGUUUCGAUGAGCCUCCAGAUUACAUGUAUCUUCGCCAACUGUUUAGAAUCCUUUUCCGCACUCUAAACCAUCAAUACGACUACACCUUUGAUUGGACAAUGUUGAAACAACGCAGUAUGCAACAGACUGGAAGCACAAGUGCAAUCACACAUGGCACCGCCGAAAAUCGUGAUGAACGCGAGAAAACAACAGAAGGUGAAUUAAAAUCGGUUAAGUAAUAAGAAUCACUUUGAAAUAUAAGAAAGUAAUAAUAAUAAUAAUUAAAAACAUAUAUAUAAUUAAUUAAUUAAUAAUAAUAUAAAUAGUUCAACACAAAAAAAAAAGAAAAAUUAAGAACAAAUGACAAGAACUACUACAACAGCAAAAUUACAAUAAAAUUUGAAAAAUACACAGAAAUGAAACAGAAAUGUAAGAAAGAGAAUUAGUUGAUGAAUAAUUAAUUAAUACAUAAUUAUUAUAUAUAAAUUAGCGAAAGAAAUUAAAUGGAAAAAUAAAUGAAAUACUACAAACAUUUAUAAUAACAAAUGAAAUUGCAUUAUUUUCUUUUGUUAAUGAUUUAUGAAAAAAAAGAAGAAACUAAUGAACGAACGAACGCGUGUGGAAAAGUGUUUGAAUUUUUUGGGCUUUAAAGAAUUUUGUGCGUGAUGGAUGCCAGAUUGUUCAAUGUGUAUCAAUCAAACAUUUUAUUACCUAAUUAAUUAUUAUUUUGGUCUCUAUAUAAAUAAAGUAAUAAUUAUUAAUAUUCAAACAAACAAAAAUUAUUAAAAAAAAACUUUUUAAAUAAAUAAAUUUUCAAAUAACAAAAUUAUAUAUACAAAAAUAAUAAACAAAACACUGGAAAAUCAUAUAAAAGAUAAAUACAAUAAAUAUUAAAUAAAAUGAUAAUAAUGAUAGUUUAGGAUAAAAAUUAGUAA